AUGGCGCAAGCGCCCAGCAGCGUCGUUUCUAGCCUCUGCAAGCGGCCGCUUGUUGCCGUGAUCGGCGAUGGUGACCUGGACCACGUUCGCAAGGCUGAGGUGGCGGAGCAGAUCGGCCGCGGCCUCGUCGACGCGGGCUGCCGCGUCGUGACCGGCGGCCUGGGCGGCGUCAUGGAGGCCGCCCUGCGCGGCGCCGCGGCUUCGCGCGCCUUCCGGGACGGCGACACCCUCGCGCUGCUGCCCGGCGCCGACCCCGCGGCCGCCAACCGCUGGGCCUCCAUCGUGAUCCCCACGGGGCUCGGCCACCACCGCAACGGCGUGGUGGCGGCGGCCGACGCCGUGGUCGCGGUCGGCGGCGGCGCCGGGACGCUCAGCGAGGUGGCUUUCGCGUGGGUGUGGGGGCGCGCGCCGAUCGUGGUGGUCACUGGGCUGCCCGGCGUGACCGCCAGCCUGGCAGGCCAGAGGCUGGAUGGGGCGGCGGUUGGAGCCUACUAUUCUUAA